AUGCUUAAUUCUGGUCGCGACAUCUAUCUUCAUGAUCCAAGUGUACGUUGGGAUUCGAUUAUAGGACUUGAUGCUGCCAAACGUACAAUUAAAGAAGCAGUUGUUUAUCCUAUACGAUAUCCUCAAUUAUUUACUGGAAUCUUGUCACCAUGGAAAGCCUUACUUUUAUAUGGUCCACCGGGUACUGGAAAAACGUUAUUAGCUAAAGCUGUAGCAACUGAAUGUAAAACAACAUUUUUUAAUAUAUCAGCAUCAACAAUUGUUAGUAAAUGGCGUGGUGAUUCUGAAAAAUUAGUACGUGUUCUAUUUGAAUUAGCACGAUUUCAUGCACCAUCAACAAUAUUUUUGGAUGAGCUUGAUGCAAUAAUGAGUCAACGUGGAGGUGGUAAUGCUGGAUCUGAACAUGAAGGUAGUCGAAGAAUGAAAACUGAAUUACUUGUUCAACUUGAUGGAUUAGCUAAAUCUGAUGAUCUUGUUUUUCUUCUUGCUGCAUCAAAUUUACCUUGGGAACUUGAUCAUGCUAUGUUAAGGCGUUUAGAAAAACGUGUUUUAGUUGAUUUACCAACAAAAGAAGCUCGUCAAGCUAUGUUUCAACAAUUUUUACCGCCAACCGUUAUUCGAGAGAGUAAUGGUCUAGUAUUAUUUGCUGAUCUUGAUUAUACUCGAUUGGGCAAUUGCACAGAGGGUUAUUCGGGUGCAGAUAUUAAAUUAGUAUGUAAGGAAGCAGCAAUGAAUCCGGUGCGAAAAAUAUUUGAUAUAUUAGAAAACCUUCAUGAUGAUUUAGAAUUAGGACAAUGUAUUCAACUUGAUUCUAUAACAACAGCUGAUGUUGAAAAAGUUCUAUCAACUACAAAACCAUCAGCACGCGCCUUUAAAGAUAAAUAUACUCAAUGGCAAAAAGAAUUUGAAUCUGUUUAA